CUUAUUAAAAGGAAUAUGGUUCGAUUAUUAUGUAACCAGUUCGAGAACCAAACUGAAUUAAUCCUAACGGUAAUCUUUUCGAGAAGAUGACUUUGGUUUUCUCACUGUAAGCUCUGUAGUUUGAAUUUUCCCUAUGAUAUUAGUUCAAUUUCGACUGUUGUUGCAGCUCGCACUGGUGGCAAGGGCAAACCAUGCUGCUGCUUUACCUUUAGUACCUCAACUGCUUUACUGGAAUUCCAUCCUGCCAAACAAACUGAUGCCGAAAGCUCUCAGUGAACUUGUCCAACCUGGUCUGUGUUUGUAUUUACAACCUCAGACUCAAGAGAGCUCCCUUAUUCCACCGUUUUACUGAUAAGCUAGCUUCUUCAACUGUAAUGUAUAUUUAUGUUGCUAAAUAAUUUGCAGACUUUGUCGGACCAGCCAAUAACUGUCAGUUACAAAAAAGAUGAUGUCGCUGCCACCGACAACCUUUUCUUUGGUUACAACCAAGACGCUGCCACUGCCGCUGCUGACAAACUUUUCUUUGGUCACAAUCAAAACGUUGUCACUGCUGCUGACAACGUUUUCUUUGGUUACAACCAUGAGGCUGCUGUUGGCAAUCAACUCCUCAAAGACCCAACCCAAGUAGUUUUCUUCUUGGAGAAGGAUGUGCAACCUGGAACAACCAUGAAAUAUAGCUUAGCCAGAAAUUCAACUAGGGCAACUUUCCUACACCGCAAAACUGCAGAAUCGAUCCCCUUCUCAUCUACCAAACUGCCAGACAUUCUCAACCAAUUGUCAGUGAAACCAGGGUCUGUGGAAGCCAACAUAAUGACUGAAACCAUUCAAGCUUGUGAAAGACCAAUCCUUGGAGGAGAAGAAAGAUAUUGCACCACCUCUUUGGAGUCGAUGGUUGACUUCACCACCUCCAAGCUGGGAAGAAAUAUUCAAGCAAUCUCGGCAGAGGUCAAAAGGAAGGGAGCAACCAUGCUGCAGAAGUAUACAAUAAAGCCUGGUGUGAAGAAGCUUGCAGGCAAAAGAAUGUGUGUGAUAAGCUGAGCUACCCAUAGGAUGUCUUCUACUGCCAUGCAAUGGGGAAAACAAGGGCUUACAUGGUGCCUCUGGAAGGUGCUGACGGGACGAGCGCUAAAGCAAUAGUGGUCUGCCACGUAGACACAUCUG